AUGGAUAAAAUUCAAAAGCUUUUCGCUAAUGCUAAAAGCGAAAAUGAUAAUGUAGAUGUUAUUCCUGGAUUAUCUUCUCUACCCUUUAAAGAUUUGCCCCAUGAAAUACAUUUAAGCAAGCCAAGUAAUGAAAUUGUGCCAUAUUUAUAUCGUAUGGCACAAAAACUACCACAAGCAAAAGCUCUUUUGUUGAAUACCUAUGAAGAACUAAACCCAAUUCCUCUCACAAAUUAUCUAAAAUCAAAAGUUAAGAAAGAACUUACUCUAACAUGGGUUGCUCAACCUUUAUCGAUUACACAGAGAAUGAUGUACAAAUUGCAAGAAAAUCUUCCAGAAGGGUUUCUUGAAAGAACAAAGAGAAAGGGAAUGGUGGUUUCUUGGGCACCACAGAGAAAGAUUCUGCAACAUGGUUCAGUUGGUGUGUUUGUAACCCAUGGAGGGUAUCAUUCAUUGCAGGAGAGUAUAUUGAGUGGAGUGCCAAUGAUUUUUAGGUCAGUUUGGGCAGAUAAUCAUAUAAAUGCAAAAAUUGCAGAGGAGGUGUGGGGGAUUGGAGUGAGAGUUGAAGAUAGAGUUAUCACUAAAAGUAGAAUGGUUAAGUGUUUGGAAAUAGUUUUUGAGCAGGAAAAAAAGAAGAAAAUGAGACAGGCCUGUGAUGAACUAAAACAAGUUUUGAUCAAAGCUGAUGGUCCUGAUUCUGGUGCUGCUAAGAAUCUGAAGACUUUGUCGCAGUUAAUUAGUGGCUAAAUUAGAGAGAAGAAUGGUGUUAUGAUUUUUAUGUAUACUAUACUUCUAAAUAAUUAAGAGUAUACAUAUAACAUACGUAAGAAAAUAAAUUAAGAGCAGGUCGAAUUUUAAUUUUAAAUUUGUGGAUGAUGUACCAUGCGUUUUGUGAAAUUACUGUCAAAUAAACCGCACUUAUUUGCUAUUUGAUAUAUAUAUCUUAUUUUUCACUCUUCAAAAUA